AUGGGCGAGAAGGUGUUUGAGCGUCGCCAGAAGGGAGCCAGGCAGGCAUUUCUUUCCAUUCUCGCUGCAAAUCUGUUCCAGAAUGCCGCUAUUGCCGUUCUGACUCCGCUCAAAACCCAAAUUCAGGAUGAGUUUCGCUGCUCAGACGCGCAAACAACUCUGCCAAAGUUUGUCGGACAAUUCUCAUAUCUUAUAGCUGCCGGAUUUGCGGGCAUCUUUAUGAGUCAGACAGGUAUGAGCCGUCGCUUGAUUCUUGCAAACGCCAUAGCAGUGGUGUCUUUGUGCACCAUGAUGCUUCCCAGCAUGCCAACCAUCGGGAUGCUGUGUUUGCCCCGAAUCUUGGUUGGAGCAGGAUGCGCCUUCUUCAAUGUCAUCACUCCAUCAGUGGUUGUGGAUUAUUAUCCGAUUCCAGAUAGGGGAUAUGUAUUGGCUCUCGGCCAGAUCACCACUUUGGCGGGAGGAGCCGCCGCAUAUGCGAUUGUGCCAAUGAUUGCAGAAGCUGCUGGCUGGAAGGCAGCAGUGUUUGCCGUUGGCGCGCCAGGUUUGAUGUGCGCCCUCUCCCUGCGGCUCAUGAGGGAACCGCAGCAGGGAGUACAUGAUGCAGUUGUACACGAUGAGUCUUCGUUGCUGAAGAAGUGCCAAUCAAUUUUCACCAAUCCGCAUUUCUUGGUGAUUGUGGCGGCCACCUUUAUGAACUCUUUCGCAGAAGGUGCUGGGGCAGAGGCUUGGCCAGAAUGUCUGAAUGAAUGGUUCCCGACCUUUUUGAUAAGGUAUGACGGACAGAGUUCAGAAGCAGCAGGUUUCGAGUGUGCCCUGGGGGCCAUGCUGGGUGCCCUGGUUGGCAGCACCCUCGGGGCGAAGGCUUGCAAACGCUGGCAGCAAGAGGCCAAGAACAUUUACAUGCUCGUGCCUGCUAUUGCUACCUUAGUGUCUAUUUGGGCGUGCGUGGCUUGUCUAUCGUUCCGCAUCUACUACGCCUUGCCGCUCAUUGCCCUGUCCGGCUUCUACAUGUCCGCAUUUGCAGUUAACACGGUGGCCUUGAGCGUGUUGACCACAACAGUGUUCACAUCGCGUGAACUCAGCUUAGCCAUAUCGGUUCAGACAAUUUCGGGCUGCGGACUGCUUGCCCCAGUCGUUGUUGGAUGGCUCUCUGACAAAAUGCAUUCUCUCCGUUCUGCGCUGGUCUUUCCGACCCUGGUGCAAGCACUUUCUGGAUUGCUGCUGUUGAUCUGCUCACAGUGGCUUGGUGCAUCAGGAACAGAAAGCUCCUCCCAAGAUGAGCAGGGCAAUUCAUCUCUCCUGUCUCUAUUUGACACGGUGGAUGAACUUGAGUCUGAGGAGCAAUGGCCUUCUGAGCAGAAGUCGGUCAUGUACGGGUCCAUUUAG